AGUUAGCGGUUUGCUCAACUAGGCUACGAACAUCCAAAAUUGGUCCUUUAAACAUGUCAGACUGAGAUGUUGAUGAAGCGAGAAUAAGUGCCUUAUUACACAGCACUCCUGCCCACUCGGUUACGCGGGGGACAGCUUUAGACACCCAAUGACUCUGCUUCAAACGAUUACGAAUUAUGUGCUUCAUAGAAGCUUCCAGACUUAAUCGCACAGAGCUUAUGAAAUCUGGAAAAGUAAAAGCCAGCUACGCACUUCUCUACACCGUUUUCAUCUUGUCUCGCGGAGGCACGCCCACUUCCACAGAGCAGGGCUGAAUGUGCUCGUGAGGCACGCAUGUUUUUUUGCCAGCUACCGAGGCAGCAAGUCACACGUAUGAACUGAGAGCGAUAGCCACGCUCGAUUUACAUGGCCAGGCAGUGUAAAAUAUCUCCUCUGACCGUAAUGCACAAGUGAAGUAUAUCCGCGGGAUCAGUAACGGGAAGAUAUGUCGCAGAGGAAGUAGAUGAGGGCUUUAAGCCUUUUAAAAUGGGCAGAGCCCAUUCUGUUUUCCUAUCAACAGGGGGCAGUCCGUCACACACAUGUGCCCUGGGGUCAGCGGGAGCAGCAUGGAGGAGGCGGCGGCUGCCCAGCGGCCCCCUCUCAGCAGGCCGGCGCGCGGCCUCCAGGAGUGGAAGAGGCGCGUCAAGUCCGAGUACAUGAGGCUGCGCCAGCUCAAGCGCUUCCGCAAGGCCGAGGAGGUCAAGGCCCUGUUCCUGUCCAACCGCCAGAAGAUCGAGACCAGAACGCAGCUGCUGAAUGAGGAGUGGUCCAAACACAGAGUCCAGUCCAUCCCCUUAGCCACGGCCGCGGGGUCACUGCCCAACAAGAAGCUGUGCAUGGUGGAGUUCAGUUUCCCCCCUUUCCAGAACCAGACUGUUGCUAUGCGACCACUAACAACAGUUGCUGGGAUACCAUUUAUGUACUCAUGGUCUCCUUUGCAGCAAAACUUCAUGGUGGAGGACGAGACGUUUCUCCAUAACAUCCCGUACAUGGGAGAUGAGGUACUGGAGCAAGAUGAAGCCUUCCUAGAGGAGCUGAUUGAUAACUACGAUGGUGUCCAUGGUGACAGAGAGGGGGGCUUCAUCAAUGACGAGAUCUUUAAGGAGCUGGUGGAGGCCCUGAGCCAGUACUCUGACCAUGAGGAGGAAGAGGAGGAGGCCGAGGAGGGAGAGAGGAAGAGCGCAGGGGAGGAGCCCAAAGACGGACCAAUCACCACGCUCGGGGCGGAUAGGCUGAGCCCAGCCGAAGAUACAGGCUGUGAAGGCUCCAACAGUCUGAAGAUGCCUCAUGACAAGAUCUUCACUGCCAUUGCGUCCAUGUUCCCCUACAAAGGGACUAUGGAGGAGUUGAAACAGAAGUACAAAGACCUCUUGGAGCCGCCAAGUCCAGUGAAGUGCCCUCCGCUGUGCACCCCGAACAUGGACGGCCCGCACGCCAAGUCGGUCCAGCGCGAGCAGAGCCUGCACUCCUUCCACACGCUCUUCUGCCGCCGCUGCUUCAAGUACGACUGCUUCCUCCACCCCUUCCAUGCCUCACCCAAUGUUUACAAGAGGAAGAGCAAAGAGAUCCGCAUGGAGACAGAGCCGUGUGGGUUGGAGUGUUUCCUUCUGCAGAAAGGGGCAAAGGAGUUUGCUGAUCAGCACAUGUUCAAGUCCCAGCGAUCGCGUCGUCGGCGUCGGCAGCCCCGUGCCUCUGCGUCUGAUGGUCCUGCACCGUCCAGUGCGGCAGAGGAGAGCAAAGACGGGGACAGUGACCACGAGACCACCAGCUCUUCAGAGGGGAACUCUCGCUGCCAGACCCCCACCAAACAGCGGCAGGAGGAGGAGGGGGAGGAGGCGCAGGUGGAGGCCCAGGGGGAGCAGCAGUGGAGCGGGGCGGAGGAGUCGCUCUUCAGGGUCCUCCACGGCACCUACUUCAACAACUUCUGCUCCAUCUCCAGACUCAUCGGCACCAAGACCUGCAGGCAGGUGUAUGAGUUUGCAGUGAAGGAGGUCCUGAUUCACCGUAUGCCAGUGGAGGAAGGAGGAGUGUCUCCACAGAAGAAAAAGAGAAAGCACAGGUUAUGGGCCAAAAUCCAGCUGAAAAAAGAUAAUUCGUCCAAUCAGGUGUAUAACUACCAGCCGUGUGACCACCCUGAGCACCCGUGCGACAGCUCCUGCCCCUGCGUGAUGACCCAGAACUUCUGUGAGAAAUUCUGCCAGUGUGACCACGAGUGCCAGAACCGUUUCCCAGGGUGUCGCUGUAAGACGCAGUGCAACACUAAGCAGUGCCCGUGUUACCUGGCUGUGCGCGAGUGUGACCCCGACCUGUGCAUGACCUGCGGCGCGUGCGACCAAUGGGAGAGCAAGCAGGUGUCCUGCAAGAACUGCAGCAUCCAGAGAGGCCUGAAGAAGCAUCUGCUGCUGGCUCCCUCUGAUGUGGCCGGGUGGGGCACCUUCAUCAAAGAGUCCGUUCAGAAGAACGAGUUUAUCUCGGAGUACUGUGGAGAGUUGAUUUCGCAGGAUGAGGCUGACAGACGCGGGAGAAUCUACGACAAAUACAUGUCCAGCUUCCUCUUCAACCUGAAUAACGACUUUGUUGUGGACGCCACAAGGAAAGGGAACAAAAUCCGCUUUGCCAAUCACUCCGUCAAUCCCAACUGCUAUGCCAAAGUUGUCAUGGUGAAUGGAGACCACCGCAUUGGGAUCUUUGCCAAGCGAGCCAUCCAGCAAGGGGAGGAGCUUUUCUUUGAUUACAGAUACAGUCAAGCAGAUGCACUGAAGUACGUGGGAAUUGAGAGGGAGAUCGAUGUCGCCUAGACAAAGGAUGCGUCCUCUAUACCAUGAACUUUGACCUCUGACCUUGAGGUCUAACAUCCAAGUUCCUGACCCCACCGCAUUCCGUCACACUGUCUGGUCUGUAUGCCAUAGAAGCUCAGCUCAGCCAACCAUCACAUUGGAUGGUGGCUCCUCUGUCCACAUCAAGUCAAUUAGCUCAAUCACACGACCGCAUCUAACACAGAACCCUCUCUCUCCACACACACACACACACACACACACACACACACUCAAGGUCUCUCUGUAACAAAUCAGUGUACUCUGUUUAGAUCUCAGCUCUCACCUCUGUUAGACAACUUAACCUUUGUCUUGCCCUAUUUAUCUGACUAGCUCACUCAGUCUGCAUCCUAACAGCCCUGCUGCUCGGUCUGUUUGCUGUUCUGCUCCGAGUAGACUAUGCCAUGCCGUGCCACGCCUCAGUGUCGAUGUAGUCGCUAUCGUCCAGUUAGUCCUUCACGUCUGCUCGGAUCUCUUUAGCUGUCCGCUCCGCUGCCCGCACUAAAGGUGUAGCAUCUCUAAUACUCCACUCCACACAGGCUAACCGGUGAACCGGUCAUCUCUCCUCCCUGUUACUGUUAAUGCUCUCGGACACGUCUGCUGAACACCAAGUCUCUAGUGUGGUUAACCCUCAGUAGAUACUGUACAGUGGGGAGAACAUGUAUUUGAUACCAUGCUAAAGUUGCCUAAAAAGAGGAAUAUGAAAUCAUCAUUUGACAAUUGAUUUUAAUGUCUUAAUGUAAAAAAUGCUCAUUGAGCUCAAUGCAAAUCAAACAGGCUAAUAGGCCUACUGGAAAAAGCACCAUGCCAAUCUCUAGUUAUGGUGAAGGGUAUGUGAUGAUGUGGGGCUAUUUUAAUUCCAAAGGCCAAGGGAACUAUAUCAGGAUGCAUAAUAUCCUGGAUCCAUGAAAUAGCUGGCCUUUAAAAAUAAAAACAUAUUCAAAAAAUCCUCCAGCUCCUAUGGGACUUUAACAUAGUGGUCAAAUUCUUCCUUCCCCCUAGCAUUUAAGGUAGAACAUUUAUUUGUUUACGAUACAUUCUUCAAUCACAAAGAAAAUUGGUGUCCUUAGCGGUUUGAUUUUUACUCAUUUGUUUUAUUAAGGCAUUAAGCUCAAUUGUCAAAUGAUGAUUUUAUAUUCCUCUUUUUAGGCAACUUUAGCAUGGUAUCAAAUUCAUGUUCUCCCCACUGUAUGUCUUCCACACAGCAAGUCAGUGGGUCAGUCCCUGCAGGAGCUCAUCAACGCAUAGCAUCGUGUGUUAGCCUCUGUAGCUUCAGCGAGACCUCAUAGCUUAUCCCCAACCUGAACUUGCACGCUGCAACAUCUUUCCCUGUCUCAAACGCAGUCAUUAGAAACAGUUCACAUGACUUCCACAUUACUACUUAUGAAUAUCUGUUACAAAAACUCCUGAGUGAAACCAUGAGAAUAAUAAUAAUAAUAAGCCGACCUAAUGAAUGUGAACGGUCAUUUUGGCUGUUAGGCUGCCCCUCGAUUACACAAAAAAGCUUUUCAUUUCAAAUAACAAAGGCUGAAAGUUUGUUGAAAGUUGGUGUGAAAAAAUAAUAAUAAUAAUAAAAAAGCACUACCGCUUGUAGCCUAUAUAUGGUUGUGUUUCAGUGUGUUUGCCACGUUGUUGUUUAGGUGGCCUGGCCCUUAGAGACGCUGAGGUGAACAUAAAGAAACGCUAACGUUACGUUGUUCCGGGUCAGAUAGAAGUCAGAUUCAGAUAGAAAUCCGAUCAGAUUUUUUGUCCAAGGAGGAUAGAGUUCAGAAGACAGAUGAAGGGACUUGAGGGAGAAACAAAAAUUAAGGAUUAGAAGUAACAAAGACAGAUGUCGUAGAGCUAGAGGGAGACUGGAGAAUUGAAAAAAGAUACUGGAUUAGGAUGGCACUGUUUAUAUGAGUUCAGUGGUUCCCAAACUUUUCGUCGCAGGCCUACUUUUCACACCGUGAGAAACAAAUAGCAGCCUCCUGACUGCCAUCAGCACCAGGAUGCAAAGAUUGAAAGAGACACGUUACCUGUGAUAUAACUUAGGAUCAACUGUGGUACACACAACAGUUGAACAAAUUUCAGUUGAAUAUAAUCGAUCUCUUGAUUAAAAACAUACACAUUUUUAAUCUCUUGCUUGGUUGUAAAUCUGUACCGUAUUCAUGUUAGGCACAUGCUCAUGGUAUUAAUAAUUAUUAUUGUCAGCUGCUCCUCCUCACAUAGGCCUAUGGACAAAAUGCAGAGCCUGACCAUAAUGCACAAGUCCACAGAAGGCUAUACUGUAAUCAUGUCACUAAAUAUGUAGUCAGUUUAGUAAGGCUACAGUAAGCUACCGUGCUGCAAGAGCACUGUCGUACCAAAUUUACAAAUGCAACCUGUGGUUGGUUGUUUACGUUAACGUUUUUUCCCCCCCUCACCCUCCAUGCGACCGACCGUUGAGGGCCUGCCUCACUCUUUGGGAACCACUGCAUCAGUGUCAUGUUUAAAGCCCUCCAGUGCAAAGAGCUCUGCUGUUGUUAAUGUGUGUUCUGCACUAUAGUUUCAGUUUUAUUCCCCCCUUAUGAAACCAGUCUGACAGGAACUCUGUUGUAGAUCACCGCUAUAUAGCGUUAGCAGAGACUUUUGCUGCUCUCUAGUGGAUAGGUAGCGGAAAUGCACCCAGAGACAGCUAUGAGCUAUGGUCAUCAAUCUUAUCUCCUGUCCCACCCCACGGUGGCAUAUAGUCCAUCUCCCCUUGGCCCCAGAUCUGCACACUUGACUAAACUUGUCAGCUGCAGCCGUGAUCAGCAGAGCACACGCUGUAUUAAGUGUAUCAGCAGCAUUUGAAUUGAUUACAGUGAUUGCAGUUGUGUGUGCUUGGGCCAGGGAUAGACAGCACAUGUGCAGGGCAGGGCAGCACCAAGAGUUCGGUUUAGAGAGUCCCUGUAGGGAAACUAGCACGGCCAUUUAAUUUGGGUGGUCAGGUUGUUACAAAUGUAUUAAAAACAUGACAAGGAAGACAAGGAAGGCAAGGAAGCUCCACCACUUUUGGAAAUAUGAGCCACACGUUAAAAGUGCUUGUUCGCAAGCCUUGGUUAUCAUCUCAAAUGAACCCCUUUCUUGAAAGAAGUGUUACCAAAUACAACCAGGCCUUAAGUAUUUUUAUGUCCAAUGAAGAAGAUGUUUACAAAUAGAUCAUAUUAAGCUAUUAUCUAUGCUACUAUGUAUCAUGAGAUCAUUAUCAGUUACCCUGAGGGCUGUACUGGCAUGGUGCUGGUGUAUACAGCUCUGUGACUCCAGGAGGCCGAAAGUAGUAAGACGGGAAAGUUACAUUUCAAAGGCUGUAGGUGGACGCCGUAGCUGUGGGUCACUUGCAGACUGCAGGAGAGUUGAAAGUUGAUGUAUGCAUGUGUGUGCCACCAGGUGUGUGCAUGUGUGUAUGCUCACACGGUUCUCCUCCUGCCUGGAAGAAGAUAUAUAUAUUGUCAUUGGCAUCCCUCCCCCCUCAUUCCAAAAGAUGUUUGACAAGCAAUUUGAGACGUGUGUGAUGUUGUGCUGAAAUGACACAUAAAGAUGCUAAUGGUUAUCCUGUCAUGUAAAUGUUAGCAGAUAUGUGUAUGAAAGAAAAAUAAACUCUACAUUUAUACUGUA